CUCACGAUGACGGAGAUUGAGACUGUCUGCCAUGUCCAGUGACCUUGAUGCUGUCGUUACAAUUGGUAUAGGACAUGCUUCAUGAGGAUAGAUUGUUAAGGACGUAGUCAUCCUUAGUCAUCCCCACAUCGUUAAUUUUGCGAUUGGUCACAUUUCACUUGGUCGCGUUGGAGAUGAGCAAUCUGAUACCCGCACGACAGCAGUCGCCAAAGUCUUCUCAACACAAUUCGUUUAAAGUCAUACGCUCGGAAAAGAACCUGGUCGGAGAAGGAUUCUGGCUGUAAAGUCAUUAACGCACACGACUCGAUAGAACCCGCUGGAAACUCAAGCUACUACCACGCAGAUCUCGUCAACCUCGCCGCGCCACUCUCCAUGAGAACAAGACAUCAACAAUGGCAUCGACAACCAGCUCCCCCAACCCGAUCGUCUUCUUCGACAUCACCCUCGGCGGCGAGCCACUGGGCCGCAUCAAGAUGGCCCUACACGCCGACGUCGUCCCCCGCACCGCCGAAAAUUUCCGUCAAUUCUGCACGGGCGAGUCGCUGGACGAGAAAGGUCGACCGCAAGGCUACAAGGGCACGCGAUUUUUCCGCGUCAUCGCCGAUUUCAUGUUGCAGGGAGGCGACUUUAUCAAUGGCGAUGGCACUGGAAGUACGUGUAUUUACGGCACAAGGAAUUUUGCGGAUGAGGGAUUCGCGGGUAAACAUGAUGCGGAGGGAGUGCUGAGUAUGGCGAAUUCUGGACCGAACACAAAUGGCUGCCAAUUCUUCAUCACAUGCAAGCCUACGCCGCAUUUGGACGGCAAACAUGUUGUCUUCGGCAAAGUCAUCGAGGGAAUGGACAUUGUCAAGAUGAUGGAGCGGGUACGCGUGCGAGGCGAGAAGCCGGUGCAGGACGUUGCGAUCGCGCAGUGUGGUGAGAUGUGAAAUUGUAGCCUUGCAGGCAUGUCUUCGCCAAUGGGCCGCAAUUAGAACCGCAGCGAGCAUUCAUAUCACUUUGAGCCAUGACGCCUCGUGCGUAAGACGCGGUCCUCGUCACUCCUUCAGCCGUCCAAUGAGCGGCAAUAUCUGUUUCUAGUUGCUGAUGUACAUCACGCCGAUUAUGAACAACUUUCUGCCCUCACAGCGCGGAAACGAGGGAUACGAGGGAACGUAUAUUGCAGCACGGAUAGCGAUCGUACAUACACAUUCUACGCGAUAGACUCAGAUAUGCGACGAGGCUGCGUGCGAAUCGUAAAAUAUCUUUCAAGCCUGUCCCUCGGAAGCUGAGACAUGUUCGCGUCAACUUGCGCAUAUAUAUAUCUCAUGGCUGUGCGCGAACAAAUGC